AUGGCGUCAGAGGCAGACCAAUGCUCCAUAGACCUCUCAUUGUUUCUCAAAGCAAUCCAAGACCCAGACCAAAAUUUCUUCAAUCUUCAAACCUUAACCAUCUCUGCUUCUGGGGUAUCCACGCAUUGUCAGGUAAUAACAGAGAACUCCUCCAUGAACAUCAACGUCACCAGCUCGUCUGCAAUUUGCCAGAUCUUCAUCGAGCUAGCCACAUCUUUAGAGACGCAUACAUCUGUCAGCAACUUGGAGUUCGAAGGAAUCGCUUGGCAGAUCGAGCCAAUGCAGUGCCUUGGCAUUUUCCUCGACAACACCUCCAAGAUAAAGCAGCUUACUUUCAAGAGGAACAGGUUCAGUGAGCAAAGCAUGAGCGCGCUCUCAGAGAUUAUGAAAAGAAACACUUCGUUGAAAGAGGUUAUGUUCAUAGAGUCGAGGGUUGGGUUCAGAGGAGCUACGCUUCUCGGGUCGGCUCUCCAAGUUAACGCUUCUGUAGAGGAACUGCAGAUUUGGCAAGACUCAAUCGGGUCGAAAGGAGCAGAGGAGCUCUCGAAGAUGAUCGAGAAAAACUCAAGCUUGAAAGUUUUCUCCAUAUUCGACUCGAGUCCCCUCACUGCGGCGCCGUUGAUAUCCGCCGUUUUGGGUAUGAACAGGGAAACGGAGGUUCAUGUGUGGGGUGAAGAUCGCAAAAGAGACAGAUGCUCAAAGGUCGCUGAGUUCUUGCCUGAGAGCCGCACUCUUAUGAUUAAGCAGAGUGACAUCCCCGGCUCUUGCAGGGUGGUCGCAGCGUUGGGGAUGAACACAACCGUGAGGUCUCUUGACAUGACGGGUUCGAAUCUGAAUUCGCAGUGGGCGAAGGAUUUCCGACGCGUUCUUGAGCAGAACAAGACUCUGCAAGAAGUGAAACUCUCCAGAACCGGUCUUAAAGACAAAGCAAUUGUGUAUGUUGCAGCUGGGCUUUUCAAGAACAAGACCCUGGCGAGGCUGUAUGUUGAUGGGAACCAGUUCGGGAGAUUUGGCGUCGAGGAUUUGCUUUGUCCACUGACUAGAUUCUUUUCUCUGCAGCGACAAGCGAACAUCACACUCACGUCGAUUGCGUUUGGAGGCCCCAAUACAAAGAUUGGAAGACAUGGAGUCACCGCGAUUUUAAAGAUGCUGACAACAAACGCGACGGUGGCUCACCUCGGGAUCCACGACGAUGUGAGUUUAGGACCUUAUGAUUACGUUCAGAUCUUCAAGAGCUUGCAGAAGAACGAGUCUUUAAGACGGCUCUCGCUACAAGGAUGCAAAGGGGUAAGAGGAGAUAGAGUCUUGGCGGCAAUCGUAGAGACGCUGCAGGUGAAUCCAUUGAUUGAGGUUAUUGAUUUAGCGAGAACUCCGCUUCACGAUUCAGGGAAAGCAGACGAGAUUUACGCGAUGCUGGGAUACAACGGUAGGAGCAUAGAUGAAGCAGAGAUGGAUGUGCCACUCACGGAGCCAAAGAGCAUUAGAGUGUUCCUCUGUGGACAAGACUAUGCAGGCAAGACGACACUCUGCAACUCUAUACUGCAGAGUUCCUCUGCUUCCGGUUUCCCUUUUGUGGAGAAUGUGAUAGCUUAUGUGAAUCCUGGGGAUUACGCUGUUGGUGGGAUGAAAAUAAAGACGUUUGUGGACGAGGAGGAGACAAAGAUCUCGGUGUGGAAUCUCGCGGGGCAGCACGAGUUCUACGCUCUUCAUGAUCUCAUGUUCCCAAGCCCAAGCCUCUUCUUGAUCGUACUGAGCUUGUUUAGGAAGCCGAGCAACAGAGAACCCAAAACGCCAGAAGAAGUAGAAGAGGAGCUUCAGUACUGGCUUAGAUUCAUCGUUUCAAACUCUAGAAAGGCGGUUGCGCAGUCCGUGAAACCAAAUGUCACAGUCGUCCUCACGCACUCCGAGAAAAUCAACCUACAGACGGAAAGCUUUCAGGCAACUGUGGGUUGUAUUCAGAGGCUGAAUGAUAUGUUUCGAGCUGUAGUGGAUUUCAACCCGACCGUAUUCACAGUUAACGCGUUAUCAUCUUCUUCGGUUACUAAAGUCACGCGUCAUAUUCGGAUGACAAGCAAAUCCAUCCUUCAAAGAGUUCCUCAGGUUCAUCAGCUUUGCUAUGAUAUGGUACCGUUCUUAGCCGAAUGGAGAUCAGAGAACCCAAACAAACCUAUCAUGAGAUGGAAAGACUUUUCAGAUUUCUGCCAGUUUAAAGUUGCUUCCCUGAGAGUACAGUCUCGCAACCAGAACAUUCAGAUUGUGGAGACAAGACGGCGAGCCAUGGCCACAUCCCUUCACCAAGUAGGAGAAGUGAUUUUCUUUGAUGAGUUGGGCGUUUUAAUACUUGACUUUCAGUGGUUUUAUGGGGAGGUGCUUCCUCAGUUGGUAAAUCUUAGUGCAAGAUGGCCAAGCACAGGAGAAGGAAUCGGUUUUGUCAGCAGGCAAGAGCUGGAGAGUAUUUUGAGAAGUAAUCUACAUAGUCCAGUUCCAGGGAUGACCUCCAAGGCACUUGAGCAUUUCAAUGCGUCUGAGCUUGUGAUGCUGAUGAAGAAAGUAGAGCUUUGCUAUGAACAAGACCCUUCCAAUCCAGAUUCUCCAUUAUUAGUCCCGUCGAUUCUCAAACAAAGCAGAGGAAAGUCUCCGACAUGGCAGGUGAAGAAACGCGACUAUGUUUAUUCAGGCCGGCAUCUUCAGUGCGAGGAUUCGAGUCACAUGUUCCUCACAGUUGGAUUCUUCCCUCGUCUACAGGCAAGUGCUCAUCAAAAGAAAUUCUCUGUGAAACUCCACAACGUAAUCAUGGAUCUAAAGAACCAACACGGGGCAACUUAUAGCAUUGAGAAGUACCUAAUCGCUAUAACGAUCCAAGGGGUUAAUUUUAGAGUGGAGCUUGGUGGACAGUUCGGAUACUACGUUGAUGUUCUUGCUUGUUCAACAAAGAGCUUGACAGAAACUUUGAGGCUCUUUCACCAGGUAAUCAUUCCAGCUAUCCAGGAAUGCUGCCACGGUGUAAUCCUCCUUGAGCACAUCAUAAGACCACAUUGCGUCCAAAAGCUGACUCCACCGCGAUUCCGACAGUUUCAGAUGCUUUCCCUCCAGAGACUAAAAGAAGCAAUAUCAUCAGUUCCUGCAGAGACUAUGUAUGACUAUCAUCACACAUGGAGCUCUGUUGUUGAUUCAGGUAAGACUGUUGUAGAAGCUGGAUUCGAUUUAGCACGAGACCUCCUCUCUGAUGAGGAUUUCAGAGACGUACUGCAAAGAAGGUACCAUGAUCUGUACAACUUAGCAGAAGAACUACUAGUUCCCACCGAGGAGGAAGAAAAUAAUGUACCAGUGACCAAUGAUCUGGAAGAAGUCGAUCCUAGCAUUGGUGGAAUCGCUAAGGGUGUAGAAGCAGUACUUAAGAGGCUGAAGAUCAUCGAGCAAGAGAUACGAGACGUGAAGCAAGAGAUCCAAGGGCUGAGAUACUACGAGCACAAACUUCUGAUCCAGCUUUACCACAAAGUGGAUUACCUUGUCAAUUACAAUGUCCAGGUGGAGGAAAGAAAAGUUCCAAACAUGUUCUACUUCGUCAGGCAAGAGGACUACGGGAGGAAACUGAUCACAUCAAUGGUUCCUGGCAUGGUUGCUUUAAGACUACACAUGUUAUGCGAGUUCAGACAGCAGAUGCACGUUGUGGAAGAUCAGCUUGGAUGUGAUGUGAUGCAGAUAGACAACCUAGCUGUGACGGCCUUGGCUCCAUACAUGGAAGGCUUCAUGAAGCUGGUGACUUUUUCACUGAGGAUAGGAGCACACUGGAUAGCUGGGAUGGGCCACAUGAUACCUGACUUGGGCCACGCAGUCGCUGGCCUGGCCAACCCGGCUGCUAUGGCUGGAGCGGCCGGAGCUGCAGGAGCCAUGGGGGUCGCUGCUGCAGUGGGCAGAAACAGAGCCAGAGACAGAGAACUUCAGGAGCAGAGCCAAAGAGAAGCUCAACAGUGGAUCAUCGAUUACUUGAGGGAACAGAAUUGCUCGACCGGGAGGGACAUUGCAGAAAAGUUUGGCCUGUGGCGAGUUAGAUACAGAUACGAUGGGUCCAUCGCUUGGAUCUGCAAACGCCAUAUGAUCACCAGAGCCCAUGAAGUGAUCCAAGUUCCCCUCUGA